AAACCAAGAUGCUGUGUAAACUUGAAAACAAGAUGGAAAGAGCACUGAUGGAUAAGGAGAAAAGAGCAAGUUUAAAGCAACGCCAACAAAUUGUUCUCUUUCAUCCAAACCAGAAAGGAUUCAAACUUCUUUACCCAAAGUCUGUGUAUAGAAGUAAGAAGCUAAGAGAUCUUGUAAAAAACAACCAGGAGAUAUUUGUCUCUGUUUUAUCGCAAAAGUUUUUGAUACAAGAGGUUUCAUCUGACAGUACAGUUUUAGAUGAUAUACCUGAGGACAGUGAAGCUCCUGCCUUCAACAUUGUUAUUCAGAACAAGAAGAUUAUUACAUCACAUCUUAACAGUUUAUCUGUAGAGUUUGAUGAAACCAGUGAAACAUACCAGAUAGAAACACAAUACUCGCCAGUUAUUUAAAUACUUUUAUUUCAGUCUAUUAUUUACUCAAAAAAAUCACUAAGUCUUCAAAAACCUGAAAAGUUAAUUUUGGACCAUUGACAUAUUUUUUUCGGUAAAUAACACAAGAACUAAUUACACACGCCAUGCAUUCUAUAUUUUUCUACCCAUAUCUUUGCAACCUAAUGGCUUUCAAUACUUCAAAUUAUAAUUUCUGCUAGAUCAAAAAUUUAAGUUUUAAAAAUUUAAGAAAUAGAAUUUAUGGCUGCAAAGCUGUAUGGAUUAUAAAACUAUAGUUCGUUGCUAGUUUUGAUUCCUUUGUGUACGUUUAUAUCACCC